ACGGCUCCACGUAUUACCUCCGGAUACUGAUGUCAACUCAUAUGAUGUCUUCUGUUUGCACUGUCCUUUGGAGGAAGAAGACGUGUAUCAUCCCCACAGUGGUCAUUUUGGUUGUUCUUUUGUAUCUCCUGCAAGAUGGAUCGUCAGUGACGUCAUUCUCAGACGCCGUAAAAGCCAAACUUCCGUCUGAUAUUCAAGGAGCCAUCGAUAAUAAAUUCCGUGUGUUCUUUAAGCAAGGCAAGGAUAAAAAUGAAGAUGGCGAUGAGGGACAGGUGAACGUCAAUGACGGGCACGUAGAAGACGUUGGCGUACACGCAGGUGAUCACGAGGGGCACGCGAAUGAAGGUGACGGCCACGCGCACGGAGGUGAGGAACACGCGAACGAAGGUGACGGACACGUGGAUGAACAUCACCAUGAUGACGUCAAUCCUGAAGAUAAAGAUUAUCCUAAACAGAGCAGUAAGCUUGAGGACUUCGACAUUCUACCAAUGGCUGACAAGAUAAAGACGUGGAGUGAUGACCAACUGGCGUUUAUGUUUUACAGAUACACGACACGGCUGCAGUACAAGUGUAUGAAUUUGGCACGGAUGUCGGUUGCUGUCAACGACACGUGGGUGAUAUGUAAGGACGAACCCUUCCAGCCCGGACAACGCUGCCUCGUCUACUCCUUUGGACUAACCAAUGUCACACCAGUUGAGAAGUAUUUGGCAUCAACUAUGCAGUGUGAAGUUCACUAUUUCCAACCCAAUGUUGAACAAAACCAGCCUGAAUAUGUUUUUGGUGUCCAAGUCCACGCUUUCGGACUGGCUUCUCAGAACGGAAGGACAGAACACGGGUGGCGGGUGCGCACCCUCAACACAAUCAUUCAGGAAAUGGGACACCAAAACAAAACAAUUGACAUACUAAAAAUAGAUUUGGAUAAAUGGGAGUGGCAAGCGUUACCGGAAGUUGUUCAGAGUGGUGCCCUAAAUCACGUGACGCAGCUGCUAUUGGCAAUGCACGCGACGACAGAACCGUCUCCGGAAAACUACAGGGAACGCUUGAUAAUGUUUGAGAUCAUGUACUCCAUGAAUUUCCGGAUUGCCAACAUUUUUGAAAGGAAAGAAACAUUUUCAACUAGACUACACGAGAUGAUGUCAACAGAAAUAGAGAUUUUAUUUCUUAGAAUUCCCGUAUAUUCAUAAAACAAUUAUCCAAGAUGGUAAAACAAAGUUGUCUUUGAGCGAACUAUUUAUGAAUACUAGAUCCACUGUUGGUGAUAUUGGUGACGUCAUCUAUGUCUUCUGUUCAAUUAUAAGGGUAGCUAUUAUAUUAUCAUACUAUGCAAAUCCACUAUGGACCAUAGACAUAUGCUUCUUGUAUAUAUUACAUCGAAUUUGGUUAAAAUAACUGCAUAUUAUGUAUAAAGAUAAAAAACA